CGCACAGCUGAGCGGCGACGCUUUCACUGCCUGCAAUUGUUUGUACCGAUUAGCGGCAUUUCAAACGAAGGAAAAGGAGGAGAGCAAAGAGAGAGAAUAGAGAGAGAAUGAGCAACAUUGUGCAAUAUAUUGUUGUGCGGAGCGAUCUGCGAAACACGCUAAACUGGCCGCUGGGCGCUGUGAUAGCACAAUGUUGCCAUGCGACAGCAGCGGUGAUGAGUUUGCACGUGGAUGAUGAGGAGACGCAAACGUAUCUCAAGGAUCUGGACAACAUGCACAAGGUGGUGCUGGAGGCCAAGGAUGAGGCGGCGCUGGUCAAACUGAGCGAGAAGCUCAAGGAGAACGAGAUCAAGCAUAAACUCUGGAUCGAACAGCCAGAAAAUACACCCACUUGUCUAGCCAUUAAACCCUAUGUGAAGGAAGCGGUCCACAAAUAUGUGAAGAACCUCAAACUGCUUAAGUAAUCCAUAAGAAACUAGACUGGCAUUUGUUAAAAAUAAAAAGUGGAAAAGAAUGGAGUUUUAACACUUAUUUUGUAGCACAAUUCGCCACAGUUAAAAUGCCAAUCUAUAGAUUGGAAUAUAAAUCCUAUGUGAAGGAAGCGGUCCACAAAUAUGUAAAAAAAAACCUCAAACUACUGAAGUAUAAGAAA